AUGUCAUUUAUCCUUGCGUACCGAAAACCCCGAGCAAAGCUUGCGCGAGCCCCAAGCAACUCGCAUGAAGAGCGGCCAUGUCCAAGGUCGUUCAUCGGGCAUAGAAAACUGCUGGCCUACGAAGAGCUCCCUGACUGGUAUCAAGACAAUCACUUUCUAAGGUCAGGGUACCGUCCAGUUUCAGAAUCAUGGCUGAUCUGUGCCUACUCGCUGGGCCACCUGCACAACGAGACGGUCAAUAUAUACACGCACCUGAUACCGGGAGCCGGCUUCAUUCUCAGCCAAGCCGUCCUAUAUCGAUGGAUAUACCACCUCUACCCCGAAGCAUCGUUGCUGGAUCAUUUUGUCUUUGGGUGCAACGUUGCGGCAGCGAUGAUCACCAUGGCCUUGUCGGCCGCGUACCACACCCUGAUGAAUCACUCGAUGCACAUGUCCAGCCUUAUGCUGCGGGUCGACUACGUCGGUAUUCUAACACUCAUCUUGGGUUCUUUCUUCUCGGGGAUAUACGUCGGAUACAGGUGUGAGCCUACGUUGUGCUGGACCUACUGGACCAUGAUCAUCGCACUCAGCAUCAUCACGUCGGUGCUCGUCUUGCAUCCUCAGCUGCAGGGGUUGAAGUAUCGCGCACACCGAUCGUGGGCUUUCAUAUUGACUGCCCUUUCAGGCUUCGCUCCCAUCAUCCACGGCCUGUUUCUGUACGGAUGGAACGAGAUGCUGAUCAGGUCCGGCAUGCAGUAUUACCUGCUGGAAGGCCUUGUGUAUGGCAUCGGUGCCUUCUUCUUCCUGACGCGCGUACCCGAGUCGAUAUGGCCCGGUUCAUUCGAUAUUUGGCUGUCGUCGCACCAGGUCUUCCACGUUCUGGUGGUGGUCGCUAGCCUGGUACAUCUUUAUGGUGUGUGGGUGGCCUUCGACUGGAACUAUCAUAACAUCAGGACUUGUCCGGCAUAG